UUUUGACCUCGUCUGUUCUUCCAUCGCAGUCUUGUAAUCUAUUAUCUGCCUUGCUUCUCCUCGUCAGAGCCUUACUCGUGCUCUCACAUCAGACUUAGGGUGUUGCUGACACUACCUGGCUGUCAGAUCAAUGUCACCAAUGUCACUCGGCUCGAGAGCAUCUUCAUAUCCAUGCAACACUCAAAACCGCUGUUUCUCGAGAGAUAGGCGAUCUGCGAGGGGAGUUCUCAGAUAACGCAAGACUUGAUACUGAAGCACAUCAAAGUUGAUAGCGCUAAAAUUAGAACACAACUCAUUCAAAAUCCCACCUUGCAGUACUACAUAGUACUGUAUUGAAGGAACGAACUCUCUUCCUUCUACAGAUUAGUCUACCUAGGGGAGACUACUACCCACAGUGAACUUGUCUGUAACGCUCGUCCAAGAACUUACGGAUGCUGAUAAACACAAACAUCAUAUUCCUGGACAUCCCAACUGUCCUCCCAGUGCCUUUCUCACCAAACACAUGGAAAGUCAGACUCGCGCUCAAUUACAAGAAACUCCCCUAUGAAACAAGAUGGGUCGAGACGACUGACAUCGCAUCUGUGUGCAAGUCGCUCGGGAUACCACCUACAAGCGCAUUACCAGACGGGACGCCGAAAUAUACCCUCCCCGCACUGGUAGAUAACACCACCUCCCCUCCUGCCCUCCUCUCGGACUCGACGCCCAUAAUUGAGUACCUAGAGCGCAGAUACCCAGACCCCGAUCCCUCCCACGCACUAUGUCCUCCCGCUAGUCGCGCCCUCCACGCCGUCUUCGAGUACCACGUCGCACAGUCCAUCACAGCGCAUUUACUACCUGUCAUGGUCAUGCACAUGUACGAGAGGAAGACUCCACGGGAUCGCAUCCACUUCCGUCAACGCACCGAAGCGGCAUUUGGGAAGAAGCUCGAGGAUAUCGAGCUCAGGGGCAAAGAGCGCGAGGAACACUGGAAGAAAAUCGAAGGCGCGUUCGACCUCCUUGCAUCGUUUAUACAGGCUGGAAGCGGUGCAGGGGAAUUAUUUACGGGAUCAAAUCUAUCUCUGGCAGAUUGUACAUUAGGAGGUCUUUUGUUGGCUUUUCGUUACGUCAGCCAGGAUGAAGCUUGGAUCAAGGUCUCGUCUUGGAGCAAUGGGAAAUGGUCACGGUACGUGACUGCAUUGGAGGAAUGGACAGCUGUAGAGUAGGUGGCUUCUUGGUAUCGAAUUUUCUUAGCUGAGAAAUGUACGAUUUCGAGGAGGAAGAAUGAAGAUUGCGGGAGAUAUGAAGCAGAGUUGUACUGAUAGACUUCGGGCCAG